GCGGGAUCACGGCCGCGGUCAGGCCUGCCCAGAGGACCCUGACCACGUGAGGGACACGGGCCAUAUGGCGCUGGUCAGCGGGCUGGUGCCUGCCCGCUUCCUGACCCUCACAGCUCAUCUUGUCAUCGUCAUCACCAUCUUCUGGUCCCGGGACGCUGCACCCUGCAGGGCUGACCUCACUGCCUCCUAUCUUCCAGGACAACAAUGUCCGUGCCUCACUGCCCCUGCAGUACAGCCAGCAGCAGUAUGAGCGCCAGGACGUGGAGCGUUGGCACUGACCCCCACAGGCUGGUGGUGGCCUUGUCAGUGACGCUGGGCUUGUUCGCCGUGGAGCUGGCCGGCUUCCUCUCUGGGAUAUCCAUGUUCAACAACACGCAGAGCCUGCUCUCCACUGGGGCCCAUGCCUCUGCUGCCGUGGCCCUCCUCUUCUUCCUCUUCGAGCAGUGGGAGAGCAGCCUCUACUGGUGGAUCUUUGCCUUCUGCAGUGCCCUGCCUGCUGCCUUCGAGAUCCUGCUCUUCGUGUCUGUCUUCGGGUUCAAGAGGAAGCCCCUGUGAAGUGGAGCUGGACCCCCAUGGGAGCUGUGUGCUGCUGGCCCCAGGGGCUUGGAGCUGGGGAGUGCGGAAGUGGAUAUGCUGACCAGUGCCUACCACUGCUAAAUGGGGCAGCUGGCCGUGGGGUAGCUGCAUAGGGGAUCAGGACCUGGUCCUCUAUCUCUAGGGGUGGGACUGAAUUAUCCUUAUAGGAGCCUGUGGCACCCCCCCCAGGAGCCCAUAAUGGUAGCAGGUGGUAUUCCACCUGUCCCAUGGGAGCCUGCAUCGGCCCCCACUGGCAGCAGGCAGUACUGCAGCCUACCUCAGUUUGUGGGUGUCUGCAGCGCCAUCCCAAGACCCCAGUGGCAGCAGGUGUUACCUGGAUAGAUUGAUUUAAAUCAUGGUGAUUUAAAUCAUAAGGAAAAAAUCAUUGAUUUAAAUCAACUUUCCCAUUGUUACUUCUUCACGUAUUUCUUCAAGCAACAGUGCAAAUCUAAUCUAAUCUCUAAAACAUGUACAUUUACUCCUUGGUACAGCAUUUUACAACAUCUAAGAGAGUAUGCUCUGUGUAAUUUUUUUUUAAAACUUGAUUUUUAUCAGUUGAGAAAACAGUACAUAAUUCUCAUUGCCUGCAGAUGCAGCAGCCGUGCAUUAAGAAUGGGAAGAACUAAAUUAUACAUACAAACACAAAUA